CCUCUGAUAGUAAAUAAUCUGGUCAGAAACUUCCUGCCAACAGUUCUUCAGCAGUUCUUGCUCAGCUACGAGAUUGAAACUACAAACAGAUGCAUCAUGGGUAACGUAGUGUUAAACAAACGGACGGACUUUUAACAAAUUCAGUGUAAAUCUUUAUAUUUUUAAGGUUUCUGCUCUGAAUAUAAAUAUCAGGAACUUUUGAGAAAUGAAGCAUUAAAUCUGGUUCAGCCUGGAAAGUUUUCAGAUGUCAAACCGGAAGUCCAGGAACCUGGGGAAAGUGGUCUGUGACGUCACGGGUGGGUUAGAAACUGAAAGAAAAAACUCAGAAUCUCCGAACUCCGAUCUGGACCUGCAGGCCGGAUUCUGGUUCUGACCGUGGAUUAGAGGGACGUUCAGAAGCUCUGAGAUGUUUCUGCAGCAGCAGCUGGUGGUUCUGGUCCCGGUUCCGGUCCUGGUUCUGGUUCUGGUUCUGCUCGUUUCCCAGCAUGCCUCAGGACUCCAGGUGGAGGUGUUUGAGGGGGCAGAGUCUGUCCAGCUGCCCUGUCGGGUAAAGGUUUCUGAGUCUGAUGGUUCUACAGCCGUUUGGGACCAAGAUGACCUGCGGAUCCCUACGGUCCACGUUCGCCAGCCGGACGGCGAUUACCUGAGGGACCAGAACCGGCGCUACGAAGGCCGGACGGCCAUGAUGGAGGACGCUCUGCGGACCGGAGACCUCAGCCUGACCCUGAGGAGACCCAGCUUCACCGACAGCGGGACCUUCACCUGCACGGUCCGCAGGCUGGGAGAAGAGCUGCACCAGGAGGCCGUGGAGCUGCAGGUCAAAGAAGCUCCUGCUCCGGUCUGGCCCUGGGUUCUGGUGGUUCUGGUGGUUCUGGUGGUUCUGGUGGUUCUUGUUUUGUACCACAGAUUUAAAAAGAAGCCGACAGCAGCAGUUCUUCCAUCUGAGACGGUGGAGAUCAGGGAGGGGCUGAAGUCCGUCCUGCUGCCGGUUAAAACUCAGAAACGUCUUCACAACGUCAGAGUGGAGUGGAUCCGUUCUGACCAGAGGAACAUCAGGAUCCAUGUGUUUGAGAACGGCCAGACUCAGUCUGAGCUACCGGAAGACAACCGGGUCCGGACCAAGAUGAGACCGAACCUGCAGGAGACCGGAGACCUGAGCCUGACCCUCAGGACCCCCCAGCUGAACGACUCUGGGGUUUACGACUGUGUCGUCUACAGAGGAGGAGAAAAGCUGCUGCAGAAAGCUGUGACUCUCAGGGUCAAAGAGAGCCUGAUGGAGGAGGUGGAGGUCGCCGACAGAGAAGAGUUCGUCCUUCUGCCUUUCAGAACCGCAGCUGACCUGCCUGCAGAGAGCAAAGUGGUGUGGAGCCGCACUGACCAGCACAACUCUGUCCAUGAGUACCAGAACAGUCAGAACCAGUCAGACAGACAGAACCAGGAAUAUCUGAACCGGACCCAGAUGAAACCUGACGCUCUGAGGACCGGAGACCUCACCCUGACCCUGAACUGCCCCCGGCUGGAGGACAGCGGCGUCUUCAUCUGCACCGUCUACAACGACCAGGAUGGGAGGAUCCUGAAACGGAAAGUUCUGAUGCUCCAUGUCAAAGUCCACCAGGUAGAAAAGGUUUCUGUGGAGGAGGGCAGAAGGUCGGUUGUUCUUCCCUUUAAGGUGGCGUCUCCCCUGCUGGCUGAAGCCUUUGCUGUGGAGUGGAGCCGGUCAGACCGAGGGAAUAAGUUGGUCUACCGAUGUUGCCGAGGCCAGGACUCAUCAGCUCAGGACCAUGAAGGCCACACGAUGAAUGAAGACCUGAUGAGGACUGGAGAUUUCAGCCUGAUGAUCAAUAAUGUCUGUCUGACUAACAGUGUGUUUUCCUGCUGCGUCUACAAUGAGCACAGAAAGAUCCUCCGGCAGAAGGUGGUGGUCCUCAUACUCAGAGGUUUUCAGUCGGAGGUCGUGAAGGUCACAGACGGGGACCCAUCGGUGUCACUUCCUUUUAAAAUCCCUGCUCCUCUGGACGAGGACAUCAGGGUGGAGUGGACCCGCCCGGACUCCAAACAGACGGAGGUCAUCACCUUUAAGAACGGAGAAAUUCAUUCACCCAAACAGGUCCUGGGUUACCGUUACCAUGGCGACACAGAGAUGGACAAAGACCUGCUGACAUCUGGAGACCUGAGUCUGGUCCUGCAUCGUCCCCGUCCUAAAGACAACGGCCUCUAUAGAUGCACCGUCUACAGCGAGGAGGAGGUCCAACACAUGAAGAUGGUGACGCUCAGUGUUGGAGAACCUUUGGACAGCAGCUUCACAGACCGACUGCUGUGCUGCAAGAAGAGGAAAACAUCCGGAGACCCAACUCCAGAGAACGUCCAGCUGGUCUUCAACUCAUCCAUGAAUCAGGACUGAAUCUGGAUCAAGGCUCGGUUCUUCUGGAUUAUUGUUCUGGGUCAGCUCUGGAUGUUUCCAGAACAUGUUUGGUACCAGAAACCCUGAAGCCCGACCAGAUCCAGUACCAGUUAAUCCAGAACCUUCCAGGAUUAUCGCCACGUUUCUGUCAGCCUGUGAGGAACCAGAACUUUCACUGUGGAAGGAAAAACUUUGGUUUGGACCUCAGAUGGUUUCCUUCCUCUGGACCAGCAACGGUUGUUUCCUCAGCCACUCUACAUGCUCUACAUCUACAUCCAACACGAUGGGACCAACAGCCAGCCUGGACUCACACAGGUCCAGGUCUUCAGGUCCAGGUCUUCAGGUCUUCAGGUCCAGCCACUGAUACUGAGGUCAUGUUGCACAUCUCUACAUGAGGACCGUUUGGAAACCUGUAACCAUAGCAACCCCUUCCUGAAAUCAUGGUAACAUGUUGGAUCCCACUCGCUGUCUCUAUAGGUCAGAGGUCAUUGCUUCCUCUGUCCCCAAAUGGCCGAUCUCAGUCAAAACGUCCCAACGAACGUUCAGUCAAAGUUUGGUGGAUUUUGGAGAAACAUAAGAAUCAUUUAACAAUCAUGAAGGAGAGUUUACUGAGACUUUAUUUAAAACUAAGAUGUUUGAACUGUAAAUAUAUUUUAUUUCAUAUUUACUCAAAAUGAACUUUAAGGACUGAGAGAUUCUUUGUUUUCUUCUGUCAUGUUUUUGUGAGCGAUGUCUGCAGGAAGCUGAUAAACCAGAUGAUAACAGAACUAAGAGCUGACCUGAUGAGGAAAAUACCCACAGGCUAAAGGUCAAAGGUUGUGACCCUGAGAUACAGGAACUGCCUUGAGUCCUCACAGGCACCAAGACAGGAGAUUUUAUUAUAUAGAAAAGGUUUAUGAGUUUGUGUUAGCAGGUUUUGUUUCCCUCCAGCCUUUUAGAUCAGCUGGUCAAUAAAUCAGGAUGUUAUGAUGAAAAUAAAGGAGAAACUAGAAAAGAUUCUUAGAGAGUUUAGAGACUGAAAAUCAGACUCUCUGCUCUCAUCACGAGUUAAAUCCACUUCAUUUGUCUUUCUUCUUCUUUUUGUCUAUUAAAGUUGUGAACCUUGA